GCUGAAGAGCCGCAUGCCGACCCCUGCCAUAGACUCUUAGCGAUUUGUUGUCCUGUAGGUUGAUAAUAUCAUCUCAAUGAAUUUCCCGCACACGUUUCAUUGAUAGACUUUUUGUUUAAAGUAGAGGUAGAAAUCGUGUAUUGCUCAAUGGCCAGUUCCUUUCCAAGCGUGUCCGAGCUUGUUGCGGAGGCUCGGCGUUUGUACGGUGACAUGUUCGGGGAAGAGGCUCCUCUGAUGGCGGUGUGCGCUCCUGGACGAGUCAACCUGAUCGGGGAGCACACUGACUACAACCAGGGAUUUGUACUUCCAAUGGCCUUGCCUCUGGUGACUGUGGUGGUGGGGAGUCAAACUUCUGGACAUGAUGUUACCGUGGUGACAGCAACUAAGGAUGCUGAUGAGCCUCGGAGGAUGGACUUCAGCCUGCCCACUGAUGGAUCACCACUGUCCCCAGGGUUACCCAGCUGGGCAAACUACGUGAAGGGUGUUAUACAGCAUUACAGGGCUCCUCCCGUCCUGGGUUUCCGGGCAGUGAUAACCAGCAGUGUCCCCCUGGGAGGAGGUCUGUCCAGCUCUGCCUCUCUGGAGGUGGCUUUCUAUACAUUCCUGCAGCAACUUAAGCCAGAUGAUGGAGACAAGAUAUCCAAAGCAUUAGCCUGUCAGCAGGCAGAGCACACUCACGCCGGUGUACCCUGUGGUAUUAUGGACCAGUUUGUGUCUGUGCUCGGCAGGGAGGGCCAUGCUUUGCUCCUUGACUGCAGGUCCCUGGAGGCCACCCCUGUACCUCUGGCAGAUCCAGGCCUGGUCAUUCUCAUCACCAACUCCAAUGUGAAACAUUCUCUGACCGGCAGCGAGUACCCCACGAGACGCAGACAGUGUGAAGAGGCUUCCUCCAUCCUGGGAAAGGAAAGUCUCAGAGAUGCAACUAUGAAGGACCUGGAGGAGAUGAAGGAUAGACUGGAUGACGUAACCUAUCGAAGAGCUCGUCACGUGAUUGAGGAGAUAGAAAGAACUGUCCGUGCUGCUGAAGCCCUGAAGAGAGGAGCCUACAAAGAGUUUGGAAAGCUUAUGGUGGAGAGCCACGGCUCACUUAGAGACCUGUACGAGGUGAGCUGCAGGGAGCUGGAUGAGCUGGUGUCUGCAGCCAUGGAGGUGGAGGAGGUGUUUGGUAGCCGAAUGACAGGUGGAGGCUUCGGGGGAUGCACUGUGACUCUGCUGCAGGCCCACGCCAUUGACAGGACUGUACUGCACAUUCAGGUUAAAACACACACACACAUUCAGGAGCUCAUGUAUUAUUUACAAGAGAGAUCAUGUGCACUAUAUGUUAAUCAGCAGGAUUGUCAUUAUUAAGUCCAUUAAGUGAAGUUUUUCUUUUGAAUCCACAUAUGGAAAGCUGACAGUUAUAGAUAUGCCAUCGGCAGGCAGAAGCUGCCUUUAUUAAAGGUACAUUUCACAGAUAAUGUGGUGAUAUUUCAAACAUCCAGGGAGGAUUUGGAUGGUUAACAGAUGAAAACAACCAUGGAACACACUCUUCUUUCUUCUGAUAACUUUACAUGUACAUCUAUGAGCACCUGAUGCUACAUUAACGUACCUUUUUGUAAAUGUCAGCGUUUGUCUCAGCUGUUUUGUCCCUUCUUUCCUAAUCCACUAUAGAUUAAUUUAGUCCAUAAAUCUGUUUCUUUCAAAACCAUCAGAUAAUAUUACUGAUGCAAACAGACCACUGAAUCAACCUCUGAGAAACCAGUAGUUUGGGUGGCAGAGGAAAGUGUUUUACUCAUCAACAGCCACUGAAUUUGUUUCUACAGAUGCAGGCAGGCCUUUGCAUUAGAUUUUUCAUGAAGUUGGUUUUAAAUGACUAUUUUAUGGUGAUUUUUUUUAUUGAGUGUUUGUUGACAAAAUGAACGGCAGCUCAGACAGCACAUGGUUGGUGUUUGGUUUGUUCUACUUUAGAAACAAUGCAGUGCAAGAGAACCUGCGCCCUCUGUGGAUAUGCAAGGCUCAUUGGAAGAUAACAAAAUCACAGAAAUUCAUAGUUUCAAGUAAUUAUACACCAGUGAAAACAGAUUUAGAAAUAUUUUUAGUUUUUUUUUUCUUUAGAUCCUCCAAAAUCCUACACUCUGGACCUUUAAGUUGGACAUGAAUGUGCAGUUUUUUGUGUAUGCAGUACAAGCCCAAAGAUUCCCCUGACUUGAAAUUGUGUUUUUCCCCUAAAAUGUCUGACCUGGACUACAUUUACGCAGCACUUUGGUAUGUCACAAAUUCAAAAGGCGGUUGCUGUCUGAUUUACUGCUACUGCCAAUGAGCCAGACAGACUUGGUUGGCUAUCAAGAUGUGACUACACUGUAACGUCACGGCAGAUAGUGUUGUUCACAAUCACUAUUGCCAUAUCAGUCACUGCCAUUUACAGGCUAACGAACAACAUAAACAAAAGAUGCCGACUACACUUAGCAUUCUGAUGAAUAGUGACCCGAUGUUGGUGCACAGAAGUCUGGGUGUGACUGAGGUAUGGCUGAAUGUCUCAGAUGUCUUCGCACCGUAUUCAACUGAGUAUAGGUUGAAAUCGAUUUGUAAAUGAUUGCAUUCUGUUUUGUUUCAUGUCUGCAGCAGUAGUUACAGACUUCAUUAUUGUCAUCCUGCGACAUUAUACGGCAGGUGCGACAAAGCGAGAUUCCAGUUUUUAUGAGUCUGUUUUUCUGCAGAUCUUUGCAUUCCGAAGGGUAUUUGAAAUGAAAAGUUUCUGAGGACAUUGUUCAUUUGUUCUCUGGGGAUAAAAAGCACUUCUCAGUGUUCAGGCUGUCACUUUAAGGGGGGGGCAUUUCAGACAAAUUGCCCAGUCCCCCGUGUCUUGCUCAGACAGCUCCAGUGUGUGUGUGUGAGAGCGAGAGCGAGAGAUCGGGGGUAUGAGCUGAGAAUAAAAGCGAGUUUCGUGGCGACGGAGCCAGAAGUGUCCAGUGAUUAGCAUGCUGGUCUGGUCACUGUGGCCCCGCUGCCUUUCUGCCUCAGUGCAGUCAGAGUGAAGGCCUUGCUGUUGGCUGACACCAUUCAGAAUCCUGCAGGAGAUACAUCAACAACAGUUUAAACUUAGCCACAGAAAAAACACGGGGAACACCUGCAUUCAUAAGGAUGUUUCCUAUGAGGAAAAGUGACAAGGAGAAGACCAGCAGACUUUUAUAGGCUUUUAUAAAUCUCCAGCUUUGGAAGCAGACUUGGCAGAUUUCCUCGCAUCUUUCCUCAGUUGGCCUUUUCCCGGCUACUACUGUGGCUUGCUCACUGUCAGUGGAGACAAGUUUUUCUGGGACACAAUAGAAACCCUCGAAAUUUCCCUCAGUCCUCAGCAUUCCUGAGAACCAGAGCAGAAGGAUCCUUGGGCUCCCAACAGCAACAUCAGAGAAAACUUUACUGGGUCACAGAAAUCACUGCUAACCCUCCAAGAUGCUGAACCUCAACUCACCGGACAACAACAGCAACAGGAACUCUCUCCAGGACCCAGUUUCCUUGAACGUCGGUGGAGAAAUUUACACAACAACCCUGGACACUCUGACGCGCUGCCGUGACUCCAUGUUAGGUGCUAUGUUCACCGGACAAAUGCCUGUGCUUAGAGAUAACAGAGGGAAUGUUUUCAUAGACCGUGAUGGAAAGGUGUUCAGGUACAUUCUUAAUUACCUGCGCUCCAGCUCCCUGGACCUACCCAAUGGCUUUUCAGAGCUGGCACUACUGCGGAGAGAGGCCGAUUUCUUCCAGAUACGCCCCCUGCUGGAGGAGAUUCGCCAUUACGAAGCAUCAGUGCCUCUCAGCCUUAGAGGAGGGCCACUGGGAGCCAUGAUUAUGGUGAAUGUUGAUUCCGAGGUACGCAUUUUAAAGUUGGACCAACAGGUCAGUCUUGCAGUGAAUCAAGCAAAUGACCCUCAUGCAAGAGCGACAUGUAGGAACAAAAGUGGCACGUACGAGUGAUUUAAGUGAUUUAAACAAAUGAGCGU